UCACCGGCGUUCUUAAUGUGGUCCCAGGCUAGAGAAAGCCUCGGUACCUUCCCACUGGAUCUGACAGACGACAGUGAGCCACCGUUCAGAAGACAAGUCCAGAAAAGGUGCGUUUGGCUAGUUUCAGUCGGCCAGGUGCGUGACGUGCUGUCGCUGAUGUCUGGUACAAGCACAUCUACCUGGAAACGUCACUCAAAUGGCGUCGACGCAGGAGAGAGUUGUGGCUCUCAUCACUCAGACACCAGAGGAGCGCUCCAUCCAGCCAUGGAGACGGUGUUGCCAUGGUUACAGAGACGCAGUCAGAAACUGAUGGAUAUGGAGCGAGAAACACUCAUGGAGAUUCUGCAAAACUGUUCUUACGAAAAAGCCGCCAAAGACGACAUCAUCGUCAAGCAAGGAGAAAAAGGAGACAAGUUUUACAUCAUAAUAUCGGGCCGCACGUCGGUGUACAUCGACGUCACCAAAUCAGACGACGAUCCGUUCGAGGAGCGCGGGUAUCAGAGACCGAAGCUUUUGGUAAAAUCUGCCCAGAGUGACGCAGCACUAGAGCAUGCUGGGAAGGGCGCCAAGAGAAAUAAAACCUCCAGCAGAGACGUUCUGGGCAAGUUCAUCUCCCAUCUGGAAACGGGGAAGACGUUUGGUGAAAUAGCGCUACUGUCCACGGAUGCUAUUCGCAAUGCAACGGUCGUGGCAGAUGAAGACACGGACUUGCUGGUCAUCAACAGAAUCCUCUUCAAUCGCUGUGUCAAGGCUAAAGAAGAAGCCAUCUACAAAGAGAAGGUGGAGUUCGUGUCCCAGCACAAGCUGUUCCGCUCGUGGUCAGUCAAGCUCCGACGCCUUUUGGAGAUGAGUCUGAAAAAAGAAGUUUGUCCGCAGGGCACCGUGCUGAUGCGUCAGGGUCAACCCCCACCUGGCCUCAUCUUUAUUCUAAGUGGUGUGGCACAGGUGUGCAUGGAGCCUUUACACCACGAAGAACAGUUUCCAGAGUUGUGGGCACCUGUGGGUUCUGUCAGGUCCAAAAACCAGGUGCCUUCAGGAUGGAGGCCCGGAUCCACCCGGAACAAGACCACCCCGCAGGUCGCAGUGCGCAGGCGCCAGGGCUACGCGGCUGCAGAGCGACGCAUGAUGGGAAGGCGAGUCAACCUGUGCUGUGUGGGACCCAACGACAUUCUGGGCGACGCAGAAAUGGCGCUAGGACUGGAGAAGAGCACAGCAACGGUGACGGUGGAGGAGGAUGCUCACGUGAUCAUCCUGAACGCCAAGAACUACGAGCGGCUGGUGUUGCGGAAGAACAUGCAGACAGCUCGCGACCUCACACAGGUGGUGUGCCAGAAACUGGAAGCCCGUUUGGAGAGCCCUCUGGCGCCUCAGGUUCCAAUCAUCCAACGCCUGCACGUCGCUGCUGUUGCACUGGGGCGCCAUCUGGCGGGUACGAAUGUCCGGCAAGGUCGCCGCGUGCGGGGCAAGGGUCAGGUGAGAAGAGAACGGGAUGUGGAGAAGACCUUACUGCGACUGUUCCAGGACGGACACGCGCCGCUCAUCAAACCGCUGCUGUCGGAUUCGCUCAAGUACCGCGCGGCUUCCCUGGCGAGGAUGAAGAUCCUGGCCAGUUCUUUUGGGAGGGCCUGGACCCUCAGGAUGUCCACCUCCAAGCCCAACCAGCGACGACGAAAAAUUCCGCGAAGCAAAGCGCAGCUGAGAAACGAUCUCGAAGCCCAGCGUUUGCUUCUAGGUCGCCCUGCCACCCCGCCGGAAGUCGAAUGCAGAAAAGAAGACGUCACUUCCGCCACUUCAGCGGCAGCUAGGCCAGCCUCGUCCACAGAAGCACCCUGCGACAUCAGCGUGGCCAAACAAGUCACUUCCAUCCGCCCCCAGUCCGCCGGGGAACUGUGGGCUCCCUCCGGGGAGGGAUCAGUGGAUACCACUCCCAUCGUGAGGCUGAAGAGCGCUAACGUCAUCGUAAGAGACUCGGUGAAGGCGGUGCGUCACGAUGCAGGCGGCACCGUCCUGCAAGAACUCACGGCCGUCCAUCAAGCCAGCAAGGACAGCAGACUUCACAUCGUGUGCGCAUGCUCAAGUGCGCGUUCCCAAGGUAACGCUGAACACGCGACAUCCGUGGUCCAAAACGACGACGAGGACAGCAAGGACGGCUUCUACGACUUGGAAACCAGCGACAAGCAGCUUCGCGACUUGGAGGAGAGGAUCGCUACCUUCUGCUCCUCACUCAGCCCCCUCCCGCUCUUCUCUCACUCGGCUCCCCCACGACACCGGCCGCAGGUGAUGGAGCUGAAGCGAUUCGAAGUGCAGGGAUCGGCCGCCAUGCCAGUGCCGGGGGGCGUGGUGUUCGUGCACUGCAAGCCGAGACGUGCUCUACCCUCCCAUGCCCUUGUAGAGGACGCCAGCAGUGACGUCCCAGCAACCAGCAGUGACGUCCCAGCAACCAGCAGCCACCCGCACGUGCGUCGUGUCAUGCUGCAGCGCAGGAUGUCCAGUCUGUGAAGAGUUCGGUGGAAGAAGUUCUCUCUCUCGGAGCCACAACUGAAUUCAAGUUGUUCAAGUGACGGAGGUGGGAUUUGUUGCCUGUGUGUGUGUGAUCUGAGGGAAGUACGUGACCUGACGUGAGGGCAAUGGUCUGUGUACGUCACCUGAUGUAGUCUGUGCGGUUGACAAGGAGUAUUUAUCUCAGACAGAAGACAAAAGGCUGCAAGUUGUAGCCUUACUGUGCCCAGGAGACAGUUACCCGGAGGAAGGUAAUUGCUGUUUACAGCACCCAUCCACAGAUUCGUUGCGUCACCGUGGUUGCCGUCUGCAGGUAGAAUGUGGGACCCAAUCUUCAACAGCAUCUUCUGCAUGUUCCAGGCAGCAUUCACAUCGAUCCUGUAAACUACUGGCUCGUCAAACCGACAAUAUCUGUCCUGCAGAUCGUAGUGCGUGUGCCCGCCAUUGCUUCCUAACAGCUUGAACACGAGGAAUCUAUCGCGACCGGUCUGCUAGAGGAUUAUAGCAUCCGAAGUAGAGAAACAUGUUCUGGUCUCAUUUCUUGAGUUUUGGUGAACAAUAAAACAGGGAAAGAUCCAAUUAAAAGGCAUUGUUCCAAUUUAAUCACUGUGCAUGAAAUAUGCGCCACACUAUUACAAGAACGUAAAAAUAU